GUUAAGAUAUUACAUAAGGGUUUUACUUCAUUAACUGAAGUUCUGCUUUUCUUGCAGUGUGUGAACUAUGGCUCGUCAGACUGAAGUGGUGUUGCUUUUUCUUCUCAUCACGGCAGCAACAGCCUACGGAAAAUGUCCACAUGGCUGGGUGGAAUAUGAGGGACGUUGCUUUUUCUAUCAGGGCAGCAGGAUCGGAUGGGCUUCUGCUGAGAAACGCUGUCUGGAUCUUGGUGCACACUUAGUCUCAAUACACAGCUACAAUGAAUACCAGCUGGUUAAGUCCCUUAUUCAUGCUCAUGACCCCCAGGAGAAUCCAACAUGGAUUGGGCUCAGUGGCUGUCAGGAGAAAUUCAACUGGUUAUGGUCUGAUGGCUCCAGAUUGACUUUCACCAAGUGGAAUCCAAAUGAACCAAAUUUUUCUAAAAAAGAAUGCUGUGUGCAUAUGAACGAUGGAGGUGCAAAGAAUUGGAAUGAUAUCCCAUGCCAUUACAGCUAUCCCUUUGUUUGUGCAAGGAGAAUUUAACUGAAAUGCUCUCAGACACACCAACUUUAAUGUAUUUUUUUGCAAAGAAUUUUCUUUGUCACUAAUCAAUGAACAUUUUUAAAAAAAUAAAUUGUGUGUCAAUUUGUCA